AUGUCUGUAAACAUACCACAAAUGGACUGGUACCCGCCCAAGUGGAACGCAGCUGAUAUUCCUCCUCAUCUGCUCAUGUCUGGGCCGCCCCCAGAAACGCCAUCAUCUUCAGAUCCAGAGCCAAACGAAAUCUUUGACAGAUUAAAAUGGUCUGUUCUAGAUCACCCAUCACACGGACAAGUCUGCGUACACGAUGAUAAAGGAGCAUUGCAAUGGCAAACACAGCAUCUACGACCAGCCCCCUUACUUAUUGAAAACACAAACGACGAACACAUUUCUGUUGAAAAGCUUGUUCAUGCUGUUUACAACUAUGCAAUUCCCUUGCGUCAAAUGCUCAUCCGAUGCGCGGAUAUAAGAGAUCCGUUGGAACAAGACCACGCAAAGUUUUAUUUUGAUGGGAUCUCUGGAGGGUCUGGAGGUGGAGAUGGAUGGGCAACAGGGUUUUGCGGUCAAUGUUAUUGA